UCCUUCUAAUUAAUAUGUUGUAUUUUGUCUGUAAAUAUAAUAAAUUCUGAAAUUUACUAAUUUUAUGUUUGUGAUACAUUACAAAGUGACAUUUUAUACCUAAGUUUGAUAUAUUAAUAAGUCGGACAAAGUGUUUGUGUCUACCAUCAUGGCUUCUCAUUCAGUCGAAAUUAAUCUGGGAAAUAAACACAAGCUUUAUAAUGACUUGAUAAAAAAAAGUAUCCAAGAUGAUAAAAUAAUCACAUCUAUUGAAAUUGGAGGUCCCGAUCUAGAAAAGUUUAUUGAAAUAGACUUUGCAUGCCAUAAAAGAGAUAUGAUUUAUUUUCUAAAUAUACUCAUGGGCGCAGACAUGCUCUUUGUAUCUAGAGCUAUAAAAAAAGGUCUUUGGAUACUUGAACCCGAAUAUGCCCACAUUAUAGAGCCAGAAUAUCUGCACACAAAGAUGUUUCCGAAAAUGACCGUGAAAGCGAAGAAUAAACUCAUGAAAUUUAUUAGAAUCAAUCUGAAAGAUGAAAUCCGUGUCGAAGCCUUUUUCAAAUACGAAAAAGACGUUAAAAAAGCAUUGAAGUGGUUACCUAAUUGUUCUUUGCCCUUUAUUAAAAAUAAUGUCAAGUUACAUGUAGCUGAUUUAAGUUCAAAUUUAUUUCAACGGCUAUGUGAAAAAUCUAUUGAUAUUCUUGAAAUUGGAAUUGAUAAUUACGAAGGUUAUAAAAGAGAUAAAUUGCAACUUGCCAUGGCUUUUUCAAAUACUAAUAUAAAUAAAUACUUAGAUGUAAUUGAAAAGACUCAAUAUUACGAUUAUCCUGUAUUCAAUCACAAAAUGACUAACGUGAUUAUGAAACAUUGCUCCGAACGGAUCAUAAAUAAUUUUGAAAAAUAUGCUAAUAAAAUAAAUAUUGCAACUUUUGUAAAAUAUUUAAAAAAAGAUAAUAUUAAAGAUUUUCUUUACACACAAGCUGAAAAAAUACCGAAAGAAGUACACCAGGUACUAUAUUAUCAGCUGUCACCCAUCUUUAAAUUUAAUACUUUAAAAUUUUUUAUAAGAGCAAUGCCAUUUAAUAACCGUUUUAACUUCGUCAAAUCAGUUUUUAUAGAUAAAGUGCACAUAAACAAAACAGGAGAACGUAUAUACAAUGAUUUAGAAAUUAAUAAAAUGAGGCAACUGUACAAAGUUGCUAAAGGCGAACAGUAUAAACACGAGUAUGUGUGGUAUGAAUUCGCGUCAUUCGAUGAGGCCUUUAUAGAAUUAGCAAAAUUAAUACGUGCUGAGUCGUCUCACAAACAAAAACAAUUGAUGUUAGAAGUACUAAUACUAUGCGUGAACAAUAAUAUACAACAUCUACAGAUUUUAUUACAAUACUACUGUGAUAAGCACAUCAAUGACAAAAUUGAGUAUCAAAUCAAUUUUGUUAAUAAAUUACUUUCUGAAACUGCGAUUCAGAAUUAUGAUGAAGAAACAUGGAAUUUGCUUAAUACUAUAUUUAAAAGUAUGGAUAUUUAUCUCGAAACGGAAGUUGAAUAUGACAAUAUAUUAGAAUGUAUUGAAGCAAUUAUUGUUCAUAACGUGCUUACAGACCAAGAGGUACCAAAGAUAAUAGAAAAACAUUUUGCAUUUAAUACUUUAAAGAAAUAUGGCGAUAAACUAAACAGCAUUGAUAAAGAAAAAAUUUUCAUUUAUUUAUAUAAUCUUAUGAUUAUAAAACUGAAUAACCAAAAAAAUAUAACUAAUAAAUUAGAAUUCGAAAAAAGCCUUAAUACAUUAUCUAAUAUUCUAAAUGUUUUAAAAGACUGGGAUAAAGAUAUUGCUGAUUAUCCAAUAGUACUUGAUAAGUUGAAAGAAUUCACUCAAUUAAAUAACAAAAAUGAAUGGGACGUUGAACUUUCAUUCUUAUAUAGCUUUAACAAGACUUGGAGAAAACAUAUGUUUGAGCAAUCUUUAAUUAUACAUCCAUCCGAAGAAGUAUGUAUAAAUGCAUUAAAACAUGAUCCAGAAUUAUUAGUGAAAUAUGAAAGUGUACUUAACACCAUAUCUUACAAAGACAAUGUGUCUUUAAGGCGGUUACAUAGCAAGUUACGAAUUUAUUGGCCCCAAACCUUGGCUAAAAAUAUAUCGGAUCAGUAUCUGAGUGCACUUGAUAAACCCGAUAAUCACAAUGCACUCACACGCGGACUCUGUGCAAUUCUACCUCAGGAUCAACUUCUUAAUAUUAUAAUGAAGUACACUCCCGAGGAGUCAAAAGUAAAUUGGGAUAAUAUUGAUGGUAAUUUAUUGAACUUACAAAAAUAUAUUGCUAAAAACAUGCAUAAAGCAAGACCUCAUCCGCCUCCGGACACAAUUUUAUUAUAUGCAAAAGGAGAUUAUCUUCAGUACGCUCUUCCAUCCCUUUCAGCUAUAUUUCAUAAUUUAAGCCCACUGUCUAGUAUAGAUCACAUACCCAAGUUACUAAAUUCUCCUGUAUCGUUACAGAAACAUGGCAUUCGAUUUGCAUUUGCUAAAUUACAAUCGGAUAAUAUUAAAAGCAUUUUCGAUAAUAUCUGGAAAACUACUAAAAACGUGACAAUACGCGCUAUUAUUUUUAAAUUUACCUAUAAUUUUAUUUGCCAUGAAGAAGAUCCAAACAAAAUUCAAGAAUUUUGGGAAUUAUUCGAGUUUUUUAUAGAUAAUUUAUCUUAUGAGGAAGAUAAUAAAAUUUAUGAGUUACUAGACAAAGUCGACAGUAUUCCUCUAAGUAUUAGACCUAAAUAUUUAGUGAAAUGUUAUAAUUUUUUGGUACGUUUAAUUAGUAACGCACCUAAUGAUAAGGCAAAAUAUGAAAUGAUGACUCGUAACCUCAUACAGAGUACUCGUACUAUAAUGGUGUUCAUGUGUCCAGAUUUUAUAACAGAAAGACUACAAGAACUUUUAAAAAAUAAGGAUAAUAAUUUAUCUGGGUACGUAUAUGAUGUAUUGUCAGCAUUCUUGUUAAGCGCUAAGAAUGAAGAAACUCAGAUAAAUCGUUAUGAAAAUAUUUUGUUACCAUAUAUGCAACUUUGUUUUUCUACCUGGCAAGAAGGUUGUACUAAAAGGAAUUUUGAAGCAGUACUUUCAAAAUUACAAUAUGAUUUGCGGGAUUAUGUUAUAGAAAAAAAAAUGUUCGUUCCGACAAAUCUAUUUUCAAAGAUACAAAGGGAAUUGGAAAGUUCAUUGUCAAAGGCAGACAACUAUUUAUUGCUUACUCGAUGGAAAGUUGUUGUAACGUUAGCUAAACUGAUAAAUAACGUCAAAACUUCUGAAUGGAAUGCAAUAUGCACGGAAAUAGCCCCAGAAUUGGGAAAAGCGUAUCAACAAUAUUUAAAAGAAGAUGUAGAAACACUUUUUCCAUGUAUUUAUAUAUUAUACUCUCGGGUAAUAGAUAGCACAUUGAUUUAUUUCACCAACAGUGCCAAACAGAAUGUUUACAUAUCUAUGCUUUCAGAUCAAAAUUUCAUACAAUCAUACCUCACUGUUAUCAACAUAACUUACGAUAAAUACGAUUCAGAUAAUAUAAAACAAUUGCGAAAAAUAUUUUAUGAACAUCCGUCUUCUGAAGUCAAAAUGCAUUAUUAUUAUGAAUUAGGCGAGGAGGAGUAAUUAGAAGAAAUAUUUGCUUAAACUAUAAACUAAGUACCUACAUUAAGCAUAUAUAGCAAUCACAUAUAUAAUAUAAGAUAUAGCAAUUAUACAAAAAUACAUAGAUAAGGAGAAAGCAUCUGAACAGAUUAUUCGGUCUUGUUGUUAAACAAACGUUAGUGUUUCUGAGUGAUAUAAUCGUACUAAAAACAAAUAAGUAUAAACUAAUAUUUAGCUUGUUAUUCAAUCUGAACUUUUGUCAGUAUGCCUACCUAUGACUUGCCUGUAAUGUUAUUGCAAUAAGUGUUGGAAAUCUUAAAAUUUUGUCUAUUAAUUAUUAAAUUAAUAAUAUAUGUAACUUCAUCUGUUAAUAAUUAAAGUUCAAGUAUUCAUAGAACUGAUGUAAUAGUAUUUUAAACAUUAUUUUUAAUAUUUAUUGUUUUUUAUAAUACUUACCUACUAGCACUAUUUUGUAAAAAUAAGUGAUUAAUUAACAAUAAACAAA